AUGGCACCUCUAACUGACGAGGAAAUCUCGGAAUUCAUUGUACACGAGGUAAAGCCAACUACAAUACUCGUGCUCUUAACAAGUUGCCAGGGAACAUGGCCUGAUACAGGAUUUGGUGGUGUCCUCAAGAGAUCCUACCCAGGCGCCUACGGUCGAUACCAAGCCCUUUGCGCCGAACACGUUGACGUAGAUGGACGUCCCAACGACGAUCUAGCGGGAUCCUGUCAUAUAAUUCCACCCCUUUCUGUCGACCAUGUUAGCAAACCGGUUCCGCCCGUCUAUAUUGCUUGUAUAUUCUCCAGCUUCGGGGACGGUCAUCGAAAUUGGUUCGACAAGUCAAAGCCAGGCCGGAGCCCAAAAGCCUUGAUUCGAGCGCAGACCGCCAACGCUUUUCAACAAAUGAGACAGCAACUCAGGGAAAUGGUAUUAUAUCGUGCUCAGGAGGCAGGCCGCUUGGCUGUACCAGAGAAAAUAGAAGAGAUACCGCAGAAGCUGGACUGGAAGGAUACGGGCAAGAACGUGAAAGUUUGCUUGCAUAAAUUUAACGGCAAGGACUUUCAAAUGGAUUGGGAAGAGGUGGAGACUAUCAUUAAGAAUAACUUCUUCGACUGGGAAGGCGAGUGGCUUUUCCUCAAGAAGCGCUCUGAACAACACUCCAAACCCAGUCCCAGUCCCAGUUCUGGACACCGCUCUAGUCCGAGUCCUGUGCGGAGCUCUGGCCGUCAUUUCAGCCACCACUCUCCGCACCGCCCUAGCUACGCCUCUCGUAACACUGGACACAGCUCUAGCCACCAUCACAUGUAA